AUGCUUCGUGUUCUUGUGCAAGGAGUGCUUUGCCAAGGUGUUCUGACCUAUAAAAACCAAGAAGUUCCGUGGGAUGACAAAUUUCUGCACCUGUCGACUGAUCAGCUGGAAAUAAAAUCUGAAUUGCUCAGCAGUGCGUAUCGACAGUCCUUGAGUGCAAAAUUUACGGAUACGGGGUUCACUUCAAUUUCAACCAAACUGGUAUCAUCUCUGGACGAUGAGAAGGGUGACGUAGUAUCUGGUCUGAGCCUGCUGGAAUUCGACUACUCAAGCAUUUUAUUAUCUCACCCCAGUCCCUUGAAUUCGGAUUGGGAAGAGGCCUUUAGGAGGAACAUGAAUCACGCAUUGGCCACCACUUAUCGUAAUGGAUUACGAAUAUUUAUUGAGGAUUGUCUAGGCCAGAAGAUGAAUCAACGAAAAGAAUUCUUCGCCUCUUAA